AUGGCAGAUGGUUGGGGGCGAGUCCUUGGUAGUGGUGGUGGCCGUGGAAACCAACAGGGUGAACCGCCACAGCCGCAACAACAGUCACAACAACAGAUGCAGCAGCAGCAUUUCCUAGGUUACCCACCCAUGGAGAAAUUCCCCCAGAUGCCCAUGCCGUACGGAUAUCCUCCACAGCUAUGGCCGGCUUACUCUGCACCCGUGAUGUAUCCUCCGCCAGACCAGUUCUCCCAGACUCCGCCUCUGCAACAGAUGAUGUCGCUGCCGUUUCUGUAUGGACCUCAUCAGCAGAUGAUGUCGCCGCUACCCCAGCAUCAACAGAUGGCGCUGCCCCAGCAACAGCAGCAGCAGCAACUGGGGCCGAGAGCUGGGCAACAGGGCAUAGGGGCUGGCCUGCCACCCAAAGGAGGACGUCCUGACAGGGAGCAACCUAGAAGGAAGCCGGUCCAGGAGGCAUUGCGGAAGGAAGGAGGGGGAUAA